UAAUACCAUGUCUCUCAAACACGUAUACUCAGGAACUCGAGCCUCAAGGGACUGGGCCCACAUAUAGAUCAGGCGCUCAGGGGGCUUCAACGGUGGGGCUCAGUCAGGUGGACUGCGCGACGUCGAGGGAUGCUCCUCGUUGCGGCAACCGCACCUUCCCGUCCGCUCCCACUCGUCGUCGGCAGAAGCCGAGGCCGAGGAGCUCCGCCUGGUAUCCGCACGGCCAAACCCGAAGCUCUGACCGAGCUGCAGCUGCGCUCUUCCUCCCCCACUCUCAGCUGCGCCUGCUCUCCGUCUCCGUCUUCGUCUCCCUCUCCGGGCGAUGGUGGCAAGGGCAGCGCACGCAACCUGUUCGACGACUUCUCCGUUCUCUCCCCUGUUGUUCCAUGGGAGGCUGAUGAUAUAUGGAGAAUAUAUGCAGGCUAUUUCUUCGUGUUGCAUAUCCCCUUGAGCUUUGGAGGGCUUGGUGUGGUGGCCAAAGUGCUAAAAUGCUCCUCACUCGACCCGUUGACUACAGUUAUUUCUACAGUCUGGCUUCAACUAGUGGAGCUCUCUUUGGCCUUAGCACUACUUCAGUACGUUGCAAUGCCAGGCAAUGAUGUUCAGGCUUUCUUUGCCAGUAAGGUUUCUACACGGAAUUGGGUCAAAGAAACCGUAAUAGGCUUUGCAGUUUUGAUGAUCUUGGUAUGGAUCACAUCUAUCUUGGCUGACAAGCUGGUAGGAUCUGAGGAUGCAUAUGAUCCUGUAUUAGAAGGAAUCCUUUCUGACAGUCCAACCUCUAAGCUAGUGUGUUUCUUUCUCUACUGUGUUAUUGCUCCACUGUCGGAAGAAACAAUCUACCGUGGGUUCCUUCUAACAGCCCUGUCUUCUUCAAUGAAAUGGCGGGAUGCUGUUGUGAUGAGUUCACUAGCGUUCAGUGUAGCACACCUCUCCGGUGAAAGUUCCAUUCAGCUGUUUGCCAUUGGGUGCAUUACUGGGUUAACUUAUUGUCGAACUGGAACUUUGGUGGCUUCUUUCGCCAUCCAUUCUCUGUACAAUGCGGUCACAUUGUAUAUGGUUUUAGCAUCAUGAACAUUGCGGGGUAAAAUGUAAAUGCAGAUUUCUUUUUUUUUUA